ACGGGGAUGGCGGGUGAGUGCUUUUGUGUCCCGUGUCCGGGAUGGUUUAGGGUCAGAACGGUUUGACCGCAGGAGCGGUCGGGGGAAGCGGCCGGACAUUCUGCUGGAGUGUUUAGUGUUUGCCUCAGCUUCGGGGUUAAAACAAAACAAGAUGCGAGUGUGUUUAGGUGCAGAAUACACAUCCGAGCCAGACCCCGCCGAGUUCCUCGACCUCAGUUUUGUCUGAUGGGUUCUUUCCUUUCUUUUUUUUUCUUUUUUUUCUUUUUUUUUUUUCCCUAGUUGGUGGAGUGUCUCUUGGUAUGUUUGCAGAGCACUUCUUCGGAAGCAUUUUGUUCUUCGCGAUAGGUCUGGAAAAGCCUCGGUUGGACGUGCUGUUUUUUUCCCCAGUUCUUUCGUGUUAGGGACAAAAAAAAAAUUGCUGUUUUGGGGGGUGGGGAAGGAAGAAGGAAGAGGAAAUGAAGGCUUAAGCAUGUUCGUGGAGUCGGGUCUGUCUCAGUUUGUUCAGAAUGGUGAAUAACACUGAAGACCCCCAAGAGGCUUUGUAACGUCCCAUCCUCAUGUAAAGUAUGCUCAGAACUUUUCCAGUAGUCCUGCUGGAAACCAUGUCUCACUACACAGACGAGCCAAGAUUCACCAUAGAGCAGAUCGACCUCCUGCAGCGCCUGAGACGCACGGGAAUGACCAGGCAUGAGAUCCUGCACGCCCUGGAAACCUUGGACCGUCUGGACCAAGAGCACAGCGACAAAUUCGGGAGAAGGUCCGGCUAUGGAGGCGGCUCCUACAGCAACAGCACCAACAACGUCCCGGCCUCAUCCUCCACGGCCACGGCUUCCACGCAGACGCAGCACUCCGGGAUGUCCCCGUCCCCGAGCAACAGUUACGACACCUCCCCACAGCCUUGCACUACGAAUCAGAACGGGAGAGAGAGUAACGAGAGGUUGUCUGCCUUCAACGGGAAGAUGUCGCCCACCCGCUACCCCCUGGCCAACAGCCUGGCCCAGAGGUCCUACAGCUUCGAGGCUUCCGAGGAGGACUUGGACAUCGACGACAAAGUGGAGGAGCUGAUGAGGAGGGACAGCAGUGUGAUCAAGGAGGAAAUCAAAGCCUUCCUCGCCAACCGGAGAAUUUCCCAAGCAGUUGUUGCACAGGUAACAGGUAUCAGUCAGAGCCGGAUCUCCCAUUGGCUGUUGCAGCAGGGGUCAGACCUGAGUGAACAGAAGAAAAGGGCAUUUUACAGAUGGUACCAGCUUGAGAAGACAAAUCCUGGGGCUACACUAAGCAUGAGACCUGCUCCCAUCCCUAUAGAAGAGCCAGAAUGGAGACAGACGCCUCCCCCAGUCACAGCUACCUCUGGGACCUUCAGACUACGGCGAGGCAGUCGGUUCACGUGGAGAAAGGAGUGCCUGGCUGUUAUGGAGAGUUACUUCAAUGAGAAUCAAUAUCCCGACGAGGCAAAGAGAGAAGAAAUUGCCAACGCCUGUAAUGCAGUCAUCCAAAAACCAGGAAAAAAGUUGUCGGAUUUGGAGCGAGUUACUUCCCUCAAAGUGUACAACUGGUUUGCCAACAGGAGGAAGGAGAUCAAGAGAAGAGCCAAUAUUGAAGCAGCAAUCCUGGAGAGCCAUGGAAUAGAUGUACAGAGUCCAGGAGGGCACUCCAACAGCGACGACGUGGACGGCAAUGACUACUCAGAGCAGGACACUUGGCAAGUACGCAACGGGGAGGAGGAGGGACGGUGUUCCGAGGGAGGCAGAGAAGCAGAGAAGGUAGAAGAAGACAGGAGGAUCUGCUCCAAACAAGAUGACAGCACUAGCCAUAGUGACCACCAAGACCCCAUUUCCUUAGCAGUGGAGAUGGCAGCAGUCAACCACACCAUCCUGGCGCUGGCCCGGCAAGGAGCCAACGAGAUCAAGACAGAGGCUCUGGACGACGACUGAUGCCAAGAGAGGGGAGGGUCAAAGCAAGAAGUAACUUAGUUUUAGACGUAGCACCUUAGCAGACUUUCCUCGGUCCUUAAUAUGUGUUCUUACAGUAUAACUUUGCAGUUUCUUGUACGUCAGUUAGCUGUUAGGGUCUUGUUCUGUGAAGAUGGCAUGGUGCCCUCAGCCUUUGCAUAUACUCUCUCAGUAUUAAUUCCCAAUAAAUAAUCAAUCAACCAACCAACCUCCCUCUCCCGGCCCCCAGUGGCUAGAAAGGUAAAAUUAAAAAAAAAAAAAAAAAAAAAGGAAAAAAAAGGAAAAAAAAAAAAUCUUGCUGCUCUGUCUUAGCAUUCAAAGUGCUUCCAGGUAUUUUAGACAGCCCUCAAUUACAAGUCUUAGGCUACACUUAAAAUCUUGGAUAACCUUAGAGAUGGUGUUGAAACCGAUAGUCCGUACGCUUUCCCUGCCCUGAGACUGAAAGGAUGCAAGCUGAGGUAGUGGCACAGGGUCGAUGGACACCAGACUGGGAGUAUCAACAGAGAGUAAAAAGAACACUUAGAAACCCCACUCCAGCAUGGGAAUAAAUGAUUUCCAGCUGCAAUAAGCCGUGCCUCACUGGUCAUACAGUGACUCCGUUUACUUUCGGGUGCUGUGCCGAGAAUGUCCAUUGGAAACACAUUCCCACAUUUCAGUUGAUGCUCACACAUUCAGCACAGACAUCCUCUGCUCUCACAAGCUGCGUGGCUUAGUGGAGAAGUGCUGCCUUCUGCCUCUGCAACCAUGGGUGAAGCCCAGCCUGGGAUCAAAUGAAAAAUGAGCUGAAUGUCUAAUGGACAGCAGUCCACUUCUCAGAACCACUGCUCGUUCUUGGCAUGGCUGGCAGUGCCUGCUCAGAAGAGGUCUAGACUCUUAGCCAUCUGUCAUUAACAAUUUCACCUUUAAUUCCUCCUCUCUCACCUUUUCUGUCCCCACUCUGCUCCCCUCUUCACUUUGCCACUUUCGAAAGCAAUGUUUUCCAGGAAGGUUGUUAAGGUCCUAAAAUGGGUGAGUGGAUUUUUACACACUUGUGUAAGUAAUGCCUAUGUCCUGACUAGCCUGAAAGGUUACUGGAGAAUUCAACACCUGACCUUUGCUAGAUAACCAUCAGAGCAAAAUAUUCUCCUAAAUACGAACUUUUUUUGUUUGUUUGAAGGCAGGAGGAUCUCUUACCUGAGAAAUGGGGUGUGAAUGUUUUGUGUUCUCUUUACUCUGUCUUUGUUAAGGUGUGAGAAAGCUAUACUGCUACGAGCAAUUUAAUUAAUAAUUGGAAGCCAUACUGAUAAUGGAUGUGGUAAUAUUUGUAAAGCAAACCUACUCUAAGUAGCAGGAACUAAUGGAAUUGUUUUCCUUGAUCAUAUGUAGCACUUUUGUUACUUUUUUCUUAAAGAUAUUUAUAUUUGAUAAGUCUUUUUUUUAUCAUUUGAGAAUUCCAAAUACCAAACAGCAAACUUGCAUUACAGAGUCACCCUGCGAUCACCUUGUCAUCUAGUAUCUAAAUGAUGAACUGUGUGUGCAUCUAAGAAAAUUACAUCUGCUAGCAUUGUGUGGAAAUGAUCUCCUGGCAUCCUGAUAAAAUGAUAUGUUGCUGCCGGUAAGAGGAAACGUUUUGAUGGAAACAGCACGAGAAGCGUUAGAGACGGGCAGGGCUGUGUUACAUUAACAGAGAACAGAUUAAAAACCUACGGAAAUUUUUGCCUAGAGACACAUGCAGAAAAGUUUGCAUAGCAUUUCCUCCACAUUCCUCUUUUUCUUCCCAGUUCGUGCGGGGAUAGCCUAAAGAGGGGAAAACAGCUCAAGGAUGGGUUUCCCUUUGCUCCCCUCCACUUUCGAGGUGGAGCAAAGGGAAAUUCCUGUUACUCGCCUUCUUCUCAUCCCUUCCUCCCUCUUAACCCUCAGAGAGCUUCGUGAUGGCUCCAGCGUGGCUCCUCAGCAGGUUUUGAGCCAGGCUGAGCCCUCCUGCUCAAUCCAUGUGGAGCAAACUGCUCCCCCACGUGCCAAGGAGAUCCUGUGCUCUCAGAGGGCACCGCCGUGCCACCUCUCUGUCCCUUGGAAGAUCUAUAGGUAGGGCUUGGCCUCGACUUCCACUUAUGGAUUUCAUUGGGAAAUUUAUGUGCUUUCCUUAGAUACAGAUCACUGGAGCAGAAUGAAGCUGUCUUUUUUUCCCUUUUUAUUGCAUUUCUCAAGUAGGAAAAUCCAUGAGAAGCAUCAGGGUGGACUCAGGAAAGGCAGGACUUGGAUCAGUGACCAUUGCACCACUGCAGUUAUUUUCUUACUGCCUGUAUGAAUGUUUUGGUACUUAGGAGUGAAAGGAUGGGGAGAGCUUUUAUUUCUAUUUUUGCACAGCAGAAUGAUCGAGCAAACUCGAGCCUUAGUGGAAUUUUACCUACUUACUCAUUCCACAGUCACACACUGAGCUGACAAGCAACAUCCACGAUUUAUAGUAAGGAGAUUUUAAUAAUCGAUGACCUCUUUACGUUGGGCUUGCCACCACCAUUUGUUCUGGCUGUUUCAUUUUAAAAAGAACAGACUCAAACUGUUGGACAGCUGCAAUUUUAAAAGAAAUAUUGCUUAUUGCUUACUGUAGUAUCUGUAAAAAAAAAAAAGGCAUUGUUUGAGGCUUUGCCUUUUUAAAGCAAUAGGGAAGAAUAAAAAUAGUGUUAGAACAUCUGUAUCCUGAUUAUAGGUUCAUGUGAUGCAGGAUCAAAGUAACACCACUGAAAUUGUGUGUCUGUACCAUCUAAUGUAGAAUAAUCUGGUCUUAAUUCUGUUUGUCACUGUCAGGAAGCUGCUGACAUCCCACACAGUAUCUUCUCUGAAGGUUAAACAGGUAAAAAACCCCUUGUGAGCAACUGGAGAUUGGCACAUCUUCCUGGGCCGUAAAUACCCAGUUUUCUACCUUUCCACAUUGUCAUUUUAUCAGAGAAAAUAUCAAAUAUCUGGGGACUCAGCCCCUUGGUGUUUGGGGUGUGUCUGUUCUGGCUUCUCUUUGGGCAUCGGGAGCUACAAGGAACGAGUGGCACCUCAGCUGUCCCCAGGGUGCUCCUGGCAGGUUGUUCCCUUCAUUCUGGAAGUUCAUAAGGAUUCAUUUGCAGCUGGUCAGUCCCUUUUUGGUUUGAGGUGAAUUAUCUGGGAUGGGACAGGUGCUGAUGUGAUGGUACCGAGGCGAGCGGAUGUGAUCUGGAGUAAGCGAAAGAAUUGGUGGAGGGUGUGUCCUGGAAUUCAGGAAUCCUGGAAUUCUUUCUUUUGGGGUCUUUUCCACGAUAUGAGAGUUACUUUGUCUUUCUGUCUGUGGGCUGCCUUGGAAAUGAAGCCUCAUUUUGGUAGCACUGCAGUGGAGUGGCAGUUUGUUGUAGCCAGGCUGGAGUCACUGCCGUUUGUUCCCUGGGGGUUCCCUUGAAGUGGCUCUGGUGGCAGAUCCGAGCUACCUUUUUGUUCUGUGAACAGAGAAGUUAUUUUAGAAGCUCCUCAUCUGUGAUGGUCACAGAUUGCUUUUACCUUUGUAGAGUGAGUUCUAGCUGAUAUUUUGUCCCUCAUACUUGAGUUGUUGUCUCUGACCGUCUUCUUAAAAAAACAAUUUCUACCUCCACUUCUUUUCUGGAUUGUUUCGGUGUUGGGUAUUUUUUUAGUUUCCCCCACCCUUUUUCCUGAAGUAUGAGAUCCCAAACAUUUGUAAAAGCCUUAUGAGUUGAUAAAAAUCAGCAGAUUUGUUUUCUGUUGAAUACUCUGCAGACACACAUGCUGGAUGUGAGUCUGCAAUGCACCCUUGCAGCAAUUAAGGAAUCUCAUUAAGAGCCUUCAGGAGGUCAUGGAAAGGGUUUGGACCCCUCAGUCCAUCAUUUGUGGGGCCAUUGCAUGGGCAGGACGGGGAAGAUGGGAGGGUUGGAGCACAUGUCACAUACUGGGGGAUUGCAGAAGCUGGGAUUGUCCAGGCUGGCUCUGGGGACAUCCCAGAUUUUGGGUUUUAACUGUCUUAAUUAAUUAGUUUUGACUUGGGGGUCCAGUGGAGGAUCAGGAGUUGGACUUUGAUGAUCCUUGUGGGUCCCUUCCAACUCAGGAUAUUCUUUGAUUCCAGAGAAGACAGAACCAGGCUCUUCUCAGAGGUGCCCAGCAAAACCCUGAGGGGCAGAGGGCUGAAGCUGCAGGAAGGAAAAUCCCAGAUGAAUAUAAAUAGAAGUAUUUUCAUGCUCAGUAGUAGAAAUGGCCCAGAAAGUCAGUGAAAUUCCCAUCCUUGGGGAUACUCAAAAUUCAACUGGACAGGGUUGGAUUAGAGACCUCCGGAGGUCUCUUCUGACCUAAAUUAUUCUCAGAUUCUGUGCAGACCUGCUCAGGCUGAGUUGUUCCCUAGUUCUGAUUUGUCCUUGUUGACUUGUUCAAAGAAAUGCUGUUAAUUUGUUGGGGUUUUGUUCUGUUUUGCUGUUAAUAAAAAUUAUCUUUUCUAGUUUACUAAGAGAGGGGAGCUUUAUUUGCAGGGUCUGGCUCCAGGCUCCAAUCAAGCCAUAAGGUAGAGAUUUCAUUAAUUAUUUGCUCUGUUUACACAGUUCUUCAGGGAUAUUUGACUUAUUCUGUUUGUUUCAUUGCCUAACAUCAGACUGGUAAGUUUUUCAUGUUUUUGUAACAUUUGUGAUUUGUAGAUCAGUUUUUGCCUUCAUUUGUGAAGAUUAAUCUUUGUCUUGCUGCUGUGAGUGCAAGUGAGAAACUCCACAUAGCUGAACCUAUUUCAGUAAAAAUUUGGAUUAACUCAAGACCACUGGUGACUGCUGUGGUAAACCAGAAAUUUUGGGUCAGUAAAUCAUAAAUUGAUGAUUAUUAGGAGCUGAAAAUUGAUUGGGAAAAAGUCAGAUUAUGCUCACUUUCCUUAUGCUGUUGGCCACUUCUAGGAAAAGCAGUGUGGUAGUUGAAAUAGGUUUUAUUUUUCAUACAGAUAAACCCACUGAAAUUGGUAUAAGAAUUUUCCAAACUCAGAAUUACUGCCUUGAUGCAGGAUGUUGGUUCCCUGUGAGUGAUCCUAACUGGAAUCCAAAGCUGGAGUCACAUUUUCCUUUGCAAAUUACUAAAUUCACUGUGAAGCUUUGCCCAUAAUCCUGAGCUGUGAGUGUUCAGCUGGGGAUGGUUUCCAACCCCUCCCCUACUCUUUUUAAUUUAUCCCUACUCAUUUUAAUUAAUAUUUAUAGUCAUGUUCCUCCUCCCACUCCAGCUCCCUCGUGGUGCAGCCCCCACUUCCCAGUGCUCAUCAGCUUCCUUCCAUCUCAUUCUGUGAUUACCAGCAAAUUUUAGGGGGUUUUGUCAAAACUUUGCUCUUAUUUGAUCUGAGUUUUCUCACUCAAGUAGCUCCUGCACUCUUUGAUGUUAUUUACCUUGAUGAUAUGAUUUUGAUCAAAGUCUUAAGCUUAUAGGCAAUAAUCUUUGGUUUGGUGCAGCUUUUGGCAUUUGGCAGGAAUCUUUGUGUGCAGGAUUGGUCUUAAAAUUGUGUUACUUGUCAGUGACCUUAAUAUAUGUUCCUUACAUGGAUUUUGUGUGUUUGUAGCAGCAGUCAGGGGUUGGAUGCUGAUCCCAGCUACUUUAUUGGAAUUUUGUGGAAUUUUCACUGUGAUUCCUUGGAAAGGAAGCUUGAUGGCCUGACCAAAAAAAAAAUACCUUGCAGUUCCCGAGAAAAGUUGCAGAGAUAUUUCAACCUAAAACAUUCCCCUUUGGGCUUUUGAGCAGCUGGGAUAUUUACUCAGGAUAUUGGAUCAGUUAUUGGCCAAAAGGGAUUUGGUACAGCCCUAAAACCUUCAUUUCAGCCUCUCUUGCUGCUGUCAAAUUUAUGGGGUUUUAACUGUCUGACUGAAGACGUUGCACAUUCGUGAAAACCAGAGGCAUUCUAGAGAUGGCAGCUACAAAUCCAAAUUUAAAAUACACUGAAAUUAUCUUUUUUUUUUUCCUUUGUGAGAAAUGUGUUACAACUAGAGGAGCGUGGUGGAGUGUUUUGAGGACUGUCACUAAGGUGACAGUGAUUUGAUGUUGGUUUUUGUCCAACAAACGUAAAUCAGAUCAAACCGAUGGAAGUUUAUCUCAGUGGCAGCAGUGAGGCAGAGGGAGAAAAAUUUAAACUCUUUUACUAAAGAGUUUGUUGCCAUCCUUGGCCUUAGGUUUUUUGGAAAUAGCCUGGAAUUGUUUGUUCUGUAGUUUAUAUCAGAGAAUUGUGGCGUGGGUUGAGUGGGAAGGGAUUUUAAAGAGCACCCAGUCCCACCCCUGCCAUUGACAGGGACACCUUCCACUAUCCCAGCUUGCUCCAAGCCCCAGUGUCCAUCCUGGCCUUGGACACUUCCAGGGAUGGAGCAGCCCCAACUGCCACGGAGCUAGAAAAGAAUUUGCCAUUUGAAACACGGGGGAAAAUUCACAAAACGUUUAAAAUGUCCCUUUUAAUCAGGCUGAUGCAGCCAAAGAACCGAUGGGCUUCAUGGCUGCAGUGUGGAGCUCUUUCCCAUUCUUUCAGGGAGGUCUGGAGUGCUCCAGCCAAGAGCUCAAGCAGGAAUGAACUGAAGCCAUUGAGCUGGAGCAGGCUGGUGAGGGGCCUUUGAUGUUUCUGUAUGUGCAGAGCAUCUCUCCCUCAGCUGCCUUGGCAGAAGCCUCCCUCUGCCAUUUAUUCCCUCUCUGCUCAAUGGCAGCGGGUGUGUUCUGCUGAUCAAAACACCCAGCACACUUGUGCUCAAUCCUUUCAGGCUGCAGCCAGGGUAAUUGGGAUGGGCAGGAUAAAUGCAUGGGAGUAUGGCAGUCACAGUGAUGGCAGCUCUUUUCAAUGGCUGGGUGUCCCUGACGGGUAAUUAGCAGCUUUAGAACUGUGGGGAUUGGCAUGGCCGUGAUUAAAAGGAUUUCUAUCUUUUCUGUGAUUGAAAACAGGAGAUCUCCCGCCCCCUAAUUCUCUUUUAAUACCGGUGUUAUUAGUGACACUUGGAACACAGCUCCUCUGUAAACUUAAAUAAUGACCUCAGUGAAUGGUGACUUAAAACAGCAGGGACUGAACCGAGCUCAGUUUUCUAUGCAAAGCUGCUCCUCCCGAUUCUGUGUUCCCUGCUCCACGUGCCUGUCACUCCCUGUGAGUUGGGGAGACAAAGAGGACAUUUGGUUGUGUGACAGCCUGGGGACAGAUUGCCCAGGGCCUGGUUUAGCUCUUCUGGCUCAUUUUGGAUUUAAGGAGAUGAAGAGGAUGAGCCAUGAACUCCCCUGGACUCAUCCUGAGUUUUCAGCUCUCUGCAGGUGGAGGGUUCCUUGGAGCAGGGAAUGUCCCUGGCUCUUGGGUGCCAUUCCAAAUUCCCAUUCCCUGUUUGGAAGCCUUAUCAGCCCUUGUUGCCAUGUUCUCCUCAAACUCUGCUCUCUCAGCUAACACAGUGUAGUGAUGGGAGCUAUUUCCCUUUUUCCUUAAAAAAAAAUCUCAAAACACCCCCCACAGGAGAGCUGCUGGGACACCAUCCUUGCCAUUCACCCAGGAUAUCUGGUGGUGACCCAAAAUAUCAUCAUUUUCCCUUGAUCUGUUGCUGUAGUCUCCAAAAGCAUCUGCCAUGGGGUGUUCUGUGCCUUUUAAAUCUGUUUUUGUGAGUAUCUGUUGCCCCCUGAGUUCUUCAGAGCCUGUGCUCCAUUUUUGCCCUUAAGUUUCUUGACCAGAUUUUUCCAUGGUGCUGUUCUCCACUUACCAAGCAGGUUUCCACAUUUUGUUGGCAUGUAAAGAUGCUUAGAGGGACUCUUGAGUCAAAUUUAGUAAAACUAGCAGCUUCCUAUCACCAACAAAUCCUCGAGAGAAUUUAGGGACUUUCUUUUAGGCUUUUAUUUAAAUCUUCCAGUUACUUUUCAGCUUCUUUGCACUGAAAUCCGUGUGAAUCCCAGUUCAGAGCAGACCUGUGGCCGUGGGUACUUCAGUGCUUGGAGCACAAUUCCCACCACUGCACUCACAGUACCAAUGGGAACAACUUCUGUUUUAGAAAAUGUAUUUUUAGAUAUUCACUUGCUGCUGUCACUGGCCUCAAUUCAGCUUCCCGUCCUCCUCUCCCUUCUCCUUAACUAAUUAAAGUCUUCCAUGUUAUGGCAAGAUGGCAUAUGUAGCUUAAAUAACCCACCUCUUUAAUUAAGAGGUUGGAUUCAGCCUUCUGAGAUAUAUUUGACAUCAUUUGAGAUUUAAAAAUACAUUUUACUUACACAGUUUAUCUGUCAGAUCGCUCAAGGAGGGCAAAGAGAUAAUGAAAGUAAAUUAUUAAUUAAUAUUUCUCACCCAGUAUGUUCCAUUAAGAAUAUUAAGCAUUUAUUCCAUUCCUCAAAGCACAUUUGACUUUGGAUAGGAUUUUUUUUUAAGUCUGCCUGCUGAUGAAGUUGCUGCUGUCUCUCUUUGACAGGGCUGUAGGGACAGGGUGGAAAACACCCUUCAGGAGCUAACCAGAGCCAGGAAUUCCCAGUAUCAGCUCACUGACCAAGUUCCCAUUUCCUUUAUGCAUUGUGGACAGAUCUUUUGAAGCCCAGCUUGCCACACACUUGCCCUGACCCAUCCAAGCUGCUUGAAAACAAUUGGUAAAAUUAUGGAGUGAAAGCAGCAGCAGGAGCAUCUCCACCUCCAGGGUGUGGGAUGAGUUUGGGUUUGGAAUGGUGAAGGAAUUCAAGAUGUUGCUGGGAAGGACCCAGGGGUAUUUCACAGCGUCUGGAACUGCUCCCUGAAAAAGGGAAACACCUUGGGAUCUUUCUUGGUGAGAGAACUGAAGUGGUUUAGGAGCUGUCCCUGGAAUUUGAGCUGUGCUUUGGUCCAUUUUCUCACAGAGGGAGUUCAGAGAAUCCUGGAAUGGUUUGGGAAGGGCCAUUAAAUCCAUCCCAUCCCACCCCUUCCAUGGGCAGGGACACCUCCCACUGUCCCAGGCUCCUCCAAGCCCUGUCCAACUUGUCCUUGGACACUUCCAGGGAUCCAGGGGCAGCUUCUCUGGGAAUUUCAUCCCAGCCACAUCCUCACAGCCAAGACUUCCUUCCUAAUACCCCAUCCAUCCCUGCCCUGUGGCAGUGGGAAGCCAUUCCCUGUGUCCUGUCCCUCCAUCCCUUGUCCCCAGUCCCUCUCCAGCUCUCCUGAGUCCGUUUAUGCCCCGGAAGGUGCUGGAAGGUUUCCCUGCAGAGUUCCCUCUCAGUUUAGCCAAACAUCCCCACCUUGGCACACAGGAACAAUUCAAACAGUUCAGUUCAGCACUUCCUUCCUUCAGAGCUCUUUACUUACACAAAUCUUUCUCAAUCCUCUUUCUCCAGGGCCUUGGAGAAAAUAAAUGCAGUUGAGAUGUGGGAAUGUGUAUAAAUCCAUUGGAUAUAGGUGAUAAAUUUGUAAAGAAUGAUGCAGAAUAGAGAGACUCUUUCAGUUAGGGUUGGGUUUGGUUUUUUAAAUUUUUUUUUUUUUAUGAAGUAGAUGGAAAUAGGGAGUUUGUAUCAGGAUUGUGGGAGGCCACCCGACCUUCAGGGUCUCCUUGUAGGUGACACACUGGUCUCUUCUGGCCUUAAUUGUAGAUCUAUGACUCCAAAGAGAUAAAAUGUGUCUUUUACCUUUAGAACUUGUUCAGAACAUUGAAUAGUUUAUAGAGAUUGGAGUUCUGGAGGGGUUCUCUGCAGCAAGAACUUUCCAUCAGAGAACAUGUUGUGCCUUACGUCUCUAACCCCAGUUCCAGUCCCAUGCAGUAAAAAUCCUGUACCAUUACCCCAGAAAUUCAGCAAAAAUAGAAUUUGAUCAGCUUCAACCAUUUCUUUGGGCUGCAGUGCCUCAGCAGCUGAUUUUCACAAAUACCAUUUGCAGAGGGCUUCAAAAAAUCCCACAGCCAGCACAGACCCUCUUGCUAAACCAGUAUCUCCUUAUUUCCUCCAUGGAGCCUGCAUUCCUGGAAGGAAUUCCUGUGGAGUCUGAGCUCAACCCUCCUCAACUGCUCUGAGCCAUUUGCUUCCCUCUGAAGUUGAUUCUCAGUACUGAAUUUGGCAUAUUAUUUCCCCAGAUUUCAGUGCUUCUCAUAGAAAUAAUUUCUUUUAUCUUUCAUGCAAGCUCCUUCACAUCCCAAUAAUCCCAUUUUGCCUGGUUUGCCUCUUCUGAAGUGCUCUGACCUGAAGCUGUUGGCCUUGCAGCCUCCAAGUAAGGGAUUUAUGUUGUUUCCACCCUAUAAAAAGCAAUCCAGUGUAGGGCAGGAGCUUCCAGACUUUCUGCUCUGGGGUUUCCCAGCUCUCAGACCCUUCUCCCUUCCCUCCUUGCAGUUUGGAUGAUUAGGAAAUCACAGAAAUAGCAAUUUUUAAAUAUAAUUUUUUAUUUUUAUUACUUGGUCUGUCUUCUUUUUUUACUGGGAAGAUUUGUUUACUGGGAGACAUUCCCCUUUCCUUUGGCCUUUCAGAUGGUGCUGUAUCCAUUACUUACUUGAAGUUGAAGUAUAUAUGAAAUAAAUAAGAACAAUUUUAUCUACUUUGGCCGGUUAAAAAAAAAAAAAAUCAGCUCAUAAAUUCAGCCAGUUUACAGCAGGUUCUUCACUUGCACAAUCCUGUGUGAAAUCAGGUGGUUGGACCAUGGGAGAGGGACAGGGUGGAAGUGGUUUUUUUUUCAUAGAAUCAUGGAAUGGUUUGGGUUGGAAAGGACCUUUUAAAGCUCAUCCAGUUCCUCCCCCUGCCAUGGCCAGGGACACCUUCCCCUGUCCCAGGUUGCUCUAAGCUCCAUCCAGCCUGGCCUUUUUUUGUUCCAAUUUCUUUUGCCUUGCUUGCCCUGUGUGUUGGAACCUUAAUUGGAGCAGUGGAUUUUCCUGGUUUGGGUGCCUGCUUUUAAUGUGGGUGUUUGGGACAGGAUGCCUGGAUUUGCACAGCUUUCCCAGGAGUCUGCUGCUUCCCUUGGACACUUCAUUUAUCCAGGGUUAGGGAUCCCUCACUGCACCCAGAGUAGCUUAUUGUCAUUAUUAUUAUUACUCAUAAGUUGGUUUAGGCUUGAAAAAUCAUUGGAAUAUCUUGAAGUCACUUUUCCAAAUGAAAAAUUACAGUGAAAACAGAGUUUGGAUUUUAAGCUUCCCAUCUUCCAGUGUUAUCCACUGAAUUUUCCUUUCCUUUUUUUUUUUUUUUUUCCUUCUGUGUGAAUUUGGGUGUCAUCCUGGGCCUUGUGCUGACCUGAAGCUGUUUUUGGUUGCUGUGGGGUCAGAGCCCUGUUUGGUCUUUCGGGAGGGACAGAAUCCCCAUUCUAUCACCCAGUAAAAACCCAAAAGCAAAAUCCCUUUUUCCUUGCUGUUGGCUCCAGGAAUGCCUGUCUGAAUCUCAUCGAAGGCUCCCUGAUUUUGCUGCUGGAGUUCUGGAUGGUUCUGGGCAGCACCUCUCCCCCCAGUGCUGCUGGCUGAGGCUGGGAGAGCCCGGUGUCCCGUUGGAAGUCAGAUCCCGUGGGAUGGCCCAGUGACAGGCUGUGCCCAGGAACACCAGAUUGAAACUCAGUUCAGUUUCACAGCAGUUCUGUUGAAGGGUGACGAGUCAGAGUUGGUUGUGGCCAUGGGGAGCACCAUUUUCCUGACCCAUUGCCUUGGCUGUCUUCCUCUUGGUCUCCGUGAUCCUCCCAAAGCUCGGGAAGCGGGAGAUACCUGCAGUACUUCUUUCAUUUUAGCUUUUUUUUCUUAGUGUCAAUUUAAAAAGUGCCUAAGUGAGGAACAGGACUCCAGAGUGAGCUGGAGGAAUAGGAUUAGACCUCAUUUCCCCCUUAAGAAAAGAGCCCUCCCUGCAUCCCUCCUCACAUCCCUCCAGUGAGUCUGGAGCCCAGCAGAAUUUCGCUGGAAAAAGUCCCCGUUCUUUCCUCGUGCUGCCCCCCUUGGUUCUCAGCCUUUUGGGAGGGAUCUCAUUCCUCAGCCAAAUGUUUGCAAUCUCUGAUCUGGGGUGGAUGGCAAAGAGGAUGGAAUUCAGUAGGAAACUGCCUCUUGGAUUGCAGAUAGAAAGAGCUCUGUGUGAUAAACAUCCACCUUUGGAAUACCAGGUCUGGGUGGAAGAAGCUGAUGUGCUUCUUUAAUCACCUCCUUUGGAAUCACAGAAUGCUUUGGGUUGGAAAGAACCUUAAAAAUCAUCCAGCCAUGGGCAGGGACACCUCCCACUAUCCCAGAUUGCUCCAAGCCCCCUCCAACCUGGCCUGGAACAUUUCCAGGGAUGGGGCAGCCAAAACCCCUCUGGAAUCCCAAAGGCAGUUUCUUCCUGUAUUCUUAAUUAUUUCUAGGUUUAUCAUAGUGGCACCUGCUAAACAUUUUGUCCAAAUAACCCUGACUAUUGGCAGGUGGUUAUAAUUUUGUAAAGGUGAGAAUUUUAUGUGGGUUUAAAAAAUAGAGGUAUCAGUGAUAGUUCAGAAUAUUUCAUUAAAGGAGGAUUUCUUCUGACCACAGUGAGAGGAGGUAACAGAACACUAUGAAGGAGUUUGAGUAACACUUAAGGGUUCCAAAUGAAAGCAAUCCGUGUGUAGAUGUUUUAUUUUUCAUUAGCAACAAAUUGUUCUCACUCUGACAAACAUCCGAGGCGGGAAGGCCUGGGAAAGGACUGUUGGCAAGGAGAGCUGUGAGGGCAGCCCUGCAGAGGGCAGAAACAGCCUCUGGGGCGUGGAUGGGUGUUGAUAGAAGGGGUAGAUAGAUCCUCUGGGAAUUUCCUGAUGGAAAUCCACUUUUUUUGUGGAGCCCGUGGCACACACGGACCUUGGCCCUGCUCCAAGAUGCCUUUUGGAAGUGAGAUUUUCCCUGAGAAGUGAUUGUCACUGGCAGUGCAUGUUGGUGACAGCAGGUGGAUGCUGUAGUUGAGUGCUGCAAGCCCCCGAGUGAGGGCACGGUGGAACAACCUCAGAGCCACAAAACCAGAGCAGAACCCCAGCGAAGACCAGGGAGGUUCUCACAUCCCAGUUCUGUGUGCCUGGACUUUGUCCCACCGUGACCUCGGCCCGGGGGCGGGUGCCAGCCCUGCAUCUCCUGUCUGGGCUCUGCUGGGAUGGCUCCAGCUGCCUCCUGUCACUUCACUGUCCCCAGAUACAUCAGUGACACCCCAAAGGAGCCGUGUCCCAUCCCUGCCCUGUCUGUUCCUCUGUCAGCCUCUCCCACCCAGCUGCUGGUUUGCCCAGCUGGGCCCUGUGUCUCAUCUGCUGUAGGUGUCCUGCCUACCUCACAGGUAGCCAUGGGAUCCUGGAGUGGUGUGCUCACCCUCUGGUCAGUUUUCCAUGAGCACUAGCGCACACUCACACUCACACACUCACACACACACUGGAAUGUAUAUUCUCCUCCCCCCCCAGCCCCCAAAUAACCUCUUGACCUGAUCCUUGCUGUAGCCACCACCAACUCCUCUUGCAAAUUGGAUGCUGCUUUAAAUGUGAAAACAAAUGUUCAAGAAGCUAUAAAACCUGAAUGAAAGCUAAAGCUGAAUUUAUAAAGCCUUGUUGCAUAUGAGCCAAAAGUGCAAAAAGCUCUAUAUAAUGAACUAACCUGCCACUCAUAUAAAUAUAAAUAUAUAUAAAUAUAUUAAAAUCAGACUGUUCUACAAAAUUGUGUAUUUGUAUUUUUGUGUACGUACAAUUUUCUGCUAAGCAGAAGGAGGAUGUAGUAUAGGAUGAUGUGAGAAGAGAUUUUGUUUAAUCAUAUUUCUUUGUUACUUAUUUUUGUUAACAUCCAGAUGCCUGUCUUUGUCUUAUGUGUAUGACACUGUUCCAAAGGUGCAGUAUCCCUCUCCUGCCGUGUGUCCGACCUCCUUCCUCCACAGGGAACGAGUCAGGUGAUGCCCCUCAUCAUCAUCAUCAUCAUCAUCACCAUCAUCCCCUUCAGAUCCACCCUGGUCUUGAUCUUUAGGGCUGCUUGUUCAGCUGAAAGAUGAGAUGUUUCAUUUCCCAGCUCCUCGUGGUGGAGUUGAAUAUUCAUGUUGUGGUUGACUCCACACGUAGUUGUUCCCCAAACACGUUUCCAUGGUCUGCUGCUGCUCCUCAGCCUGACAUUUUGGGGGAAGAAAAUUGGAUUGGGUAGAUUGGGAGGGAGGAUGAGCAGAUCCUCGUGGUGGGAAGUUGCUCGUGGAGGAGAAAGUGCCGGGGUGGUUCCAGGGGUGAAGCUCAGUCACAGCCCACGGGGGAUGGAGGAAGCACCCCCUGGCUGCUCCUGGGGGCUUGGCUGUCAGGAAGGAGGGCUGGGGAGGUGAUGGGUUGUGGUUGGAACAUCCACCCCUGCACCCCUGGUGGCUUUGGGGCACUUUGGCUCUUUGCUUUGAGAAGGUUGGAGCAGCUUGGAGAGGGGUCCAUCUGUUCAUGCCAGACGCCCUUGCAGUGAAGGCACUGAGUGUUGAGCAUUCCAAAUCCUCUCCCAGUCACUGCCUUUACCUGCAAGGUGCUGAUGGCUCCAGUGUAGGAAACUGGUGUGCUUGGGAAUUGUUAUUUAUCCAUCACAGAGGGAACAAAGGGCCAAAGGAGACUGGAUAGAACAGGAUGGAGUGGAGUAACUGAUGGGAGGCUUGGGGCAGGAGAUGAUGGAAGUUCACCUUCAGUCCCACCACAGCCCCUUGAGGAAACUGGUUCGGCCUCCAUCCCAAAUGCAGGUGAGGGUCAAUAUCCAUCACACCUUCCCCUGGCAGCAGCUGCUGUGAAAAUGAACCAUCAACCUCUCCCCUUGUGCCCUUUUGGGUUUUUUGUUCAAUUUAAUCCCUGUCUGUGUCAGAGCUGACCCACGGCCAGGGGAGAGCGAUACUGCACCUUUCUACGUAGGGCUCAUAUUUAUAACAAUGUGUAAUGACUGUAGCAAAAGUCCUUGUUUCUGUAUGUGAAUGGACAGAGAAACAAGUGCUCUAUUGUAUUGAUUAAAAUAGUUCAAAUGAGUCCUGUAUCAUUGUAUCUCCUAUUCUGGAUUAGUGCCUUUUGGACAGUAGACUGUUCUGUAAUUAAAAUGUAGUAUAACUGCUUUUUUGUACAGUUUUGUUUUAAUAAAACUUUUUUUUAAUUUGUGUUUAUUUUAGUAUUGUACCUAUUAGAAAAUAAAAACGUAUAACUCAACACUGA